CGUCUAAGAGGGGCGAAGUGGGGCGGCCCCGGGGCUGCGGGGAAGCCUUUUAAAGAUUUUUUUACAUGAUUUCAUAGACCAUCGAUCAUUUUCCAGACUGUUGCUAUAUACCUCAAGAGCGUAUGAUAAUAGAGGAGUCUAGAGAACAACUGCAAUAGAAAUCACAGCGUUUCCUUGGCUUACAAAAUUAUAUACGUUUCCACUUCUACAUAAGUCACUUACCAAGUUGUUUCUAAAGUCAUAUUUUUUGUGUGUUAAGUGUUCUGAAAACACCCAUGCCCUUAUACUUCCGGCUAUUCACCUAUUUCCUUUGUAACUAAUGACACAUGGCACUCUAUUUCUUUGAAAUACAGAUUAAUCUAGAGCAUUGCUUAUUAAGCAAAAUUCUUUGAAUAUCUUUGUGUUUAGAAAUAACUGAGGAAAACAUCUAGAUGAUGUGUUAUGUGUACAAUGUGUUAUUGAGGAACUUGUAAUCAGAAGAAGUUAUAUUCUAGGCUUAAAGACAUUUGUAAUACACCUUAAAAUGUACAAGUACUGUGAUUUAAGUUCUAAUUCCAGUGUUUGGCUUUUUGCUUGGCUUUUUUUUUUUUUCAAUUCCUUCAUAUGAUAUAUUUUUAGAAUGACACACUAAGAGCCACUUGGUUAAUGGUGACAAGAGUUUUUAAUUUGCCCAGACACAAAUUCUAUUGACAACACCCAUUAUUCCAGAAGUUAUUUUAAUUUGUUUGCAGAAACACAUAUUUUCACGACGCAGCAGUAGUACAGAGGGGCACGGCAGAGGGAUUUUGUAGGCAUGAGUGGCCUCCUCUUGGCACCGGUGUCAUGGUGGAUUCUCCAUGUCUCCGCCGUAGCUUACGGCUGCAGCCCAGCGCCCAUAGCUGCCUCUGUGUCUGCCAGGCUGGCAGUGGUCACAGCUGGGGGGCGUGCAAAAACCAGCGAAACCGUGGCGCCUCCUGGUAUGAGAAGUAGUUACUAUUACAGAAAGUGGAAUAUUUUUGAUUUAAGCUAAAGUAGUUUUAAGCUUCAUCUAAGUAGUUGUGGCUUUUGAAAGUUAGACAGAAUGUCCCUCUGAUUGUGUGGUUUUUUUCCAGCAAUGUUUUUCCAGGCACUGUCCAUUCUUUGGAGAUGAUAAUGUCUCGUGUUCAGUACGGUCUGUGCUGAACAGAUGUCUCUUCUGUAAUCACCUCUGUUUGCAGCCUUUCUCCAUAUCAAAUGCAACAUCAAGCAGAGCUGGAGUCAGCUCUAAAUUAGCAAGGGGUUUGACAGUUAGUUGUGAAGUUCAUAAUAACAUUAAAGUUAGACCUUGGAAAGUAAUAUAAUGUGCCUAAAAUUUCUGGGCAAGCUUGUGCAUGUAAGUGGGAAAUACAUUCUGCAACUAGCUUUUGUCUCAUUGCAUGUGAUGGAUGGAGAUCACUCCCUCAUGUUGCCCAGGCCUGAAUAAAGGUUGCUUGCUUUCUAAAAUUGAAAAAUAAGUCUUAGAGAACUUAUUUGCUAGCAUUUAUAGUAUCACUUCCUGCGAAAUACACAACUGUAGGCCAGCGCUGGCUCUAGCAGCAGUGCUGCCUUGCUAUCUGAGCAUCAUCAUCUCCUGUAUUGAGCUGUCAUUGUGAUCCUCCUUGGUUCAGCUCUCUGUUUUAGAAGAUGCAGCUCUUUUCAAGUGCUUAUGAAUGUCUGCUUACACCUUACUAUAAUAAACUGACACAAAAAGGCAGAGAGUGAGAGAGGGUGAAGGAGCAUUGGAAAAAGCUGACCAGGGGUUCUGGAAUCUCCUUCUCUGGGAGGUAUUCAGAACCUGCCUGGGUAUGUUCCUGCUCCAGGUGAACCUGCUUUAGCAGGGGAGUUGGACUACAUGGUCUCCAGAGGUCCCUUUCAAACCCAACCAUACUGUGAAUCCGUAAUGCGUGGAUUAAGGUGGCCUUGUGGUUUAGUAGAGCAAAACUAUACUUGAAAGCCCUAGGCCUUAAUGAAUUAUCUCCAGUAUCUCAAAGGGAGUGGCAUAAUGAGGAUUUCAACAAGGUGUUUUGUUAAGUGUUGAUCAGACUCUCUUAAAGGAUGACUGUUUUUGUUAAACUUAUCUUUCAGUUUUCAAGACCCUAGUUUUCCUAGUUGAAUUUAUAGUGAAACAAACUGUUAUGAUGGGAAAUAGUUCUUACUGUCAUAUUAACCAAAAGUAUCUUGAGAAUCACACUCAUAAAGAAGCAUCAUGAAGGCUAUUCAUUGGCAUAAGGGUUAAGAAUUGUUGUCUUCUAUGUCUGGCAGAAAAGCAACACAGAAAACAGCAACCUCGAAAAAACUGCAAGGAGAUAUUCAUGUUCUAGUCCAAGACUUGCAUUGGUGGAAAAAACUGCUUGCAACCACCUUAUAAUUUAUGGUUGCAACCAUAUUUACAUGUUAGAAUAGGAUUACUUAAAGCUUGGUAGAACAUUUCUGGAGUAUAUGUAACUGUUUAGUCUGAUACUGUGAAGGAAUACUUGUCUCCAAAUAAGUCUGAACAGUCAAAACCAUUAAUGGGCUUUAAGAUGUGUUUGAAGAGUAGCAGUCAUCAAACUCUUGAGGAGUUUGGGAAUCAUACCUAUCUGUGUUAGGAUUUUCAGGGUGCAACUUAUUCUCUCUGGCCCCUGACUGGUUUUUGUUUGGUUGGGUAUGUUGAGGGUUUUUUGUUAGUUUUCUUUUGGUUGUUUUUUUUUUUUUUUUAAAUUCAUAGUAUCAUAGUAUAGUUAAGGUUGGAAGGGACCUUAAAGAUCAUCUAGUUCCAACCCCCCUGCCAUGGGAAGGGACAUCGCACUAGAUCAGGCUUCCCAAGGCCCCAUCCAACCUGGCCUUAGACACCUCCAGGGAGGGGGCAUCAAAUUCCUAUUAUUCUUCUACCCAUAGUCUGUUCCCAGCAUUUUUAAUCCUUUAGAUAUAGGAGAAGGUAGAUUAGAUUAGCUAGUGUUAUAUCAGAGAGGAAAAAUAUAACAAGGCUUAUGUUGUUUAUGAUAUCACUCGUGCAACAACAGUACUUUAUAAGUAAUUAUUUAUGUUGCCAGCAAUUAAAUUCUUAUCAUUGGCAGGAGGGAGGAAAGAAAAUAUUAUUCAUUGAGCUUUAAUGUUUAAAAUCCUGUUUAAGAGAAAAUAUUGUGCCAUCUCCAUCUUUGAAGGUUUUCUAUACCAGAUUGGUAAAAACAUGGAUUCACAGAAGGAUGUUCAGCCUCCAAAGCAGCAGCCAAUGAUUUACAUUUGUGGAGAGUGUCAUACGGAAAAUGAAAUAAAGGCGAGAGAUCCUAUCAGAUGCAGAGAAUGUGGCUACAGAAUAAUGUACAAGAAGAGAACAAAAAGAUUGGUGGUUUUUGACGCCCGGUGACUUGUGCUGAAGAUACAGUGACUUUAUGCUGCAGUUUAAUCUUUCUGAUAUCUUUGCUCUGUGAAUCCAUUGUGUACAAAUGCAUGUUCAUAUUUGUGUUUUAAGAUUAUUGAAAUAUUAAAGUUUUCUGUUGUACUAAAGUUUGUCUAUGCUGUCUUCUACAAAGGGUUUCUAAAGCUGCAGUUAUCCAGUCAGAGGAUGGAGCAGUUAAGUUCAGUGAUGUUGUAUUCUUUUUGAGUGUUACUCCCAUCUAAACUUUAUUUGCGUUUUAACUUUGUUAAAUGUUCUUUGGACUCCUGCAUGUGUUUUUCAGUGGCCGCACAUGGCUGUUGUGUAAGUUCUGUGUGAGAUAGCCAUAAUCACGAGAUAGCAGCAGGUGGGCCUGCGUGGCCCCGCCCAUAUGGAAAGUAGUUACUAUUACAAAAAGUGGAACGUUUUUGAUUUAAGCUAAUAUAGAGUUAAGUUUCAUCUAAAUAAUUAUAUUUUUUGAAAGUUAGGAUGUACCUCUGAUCAAGGAUGUACCUGUUUUCUUUCAGGCAGUGCUUUCCCAGGCACUGUCCAUUCUUUGGAGAUGAUCAUGCCUCGUGUUCAGUGUGGUCUGUGCUGAACAGGUGUCUCUUCUGUGAUCACCUGUUUGCAGCCUUUCUCCAUCUCAAAUGCAAUGUCAAGCAGAGCUCGCCCCAAAGCUACAAACCACCAGGAGUUUUGACUGUUGUGAAGUUCAAAAUAACAAUAAAGUGAGUCCUUGGAAAGUAAUAGAAUUUGCAUAGGAUUUCUGGGAAAAUGUAUACAUACACAGUGGGAAAUACAUUCUGUAACUUGUUCUUGUCUCGUUGCACACAAUCGAUGGAGAUCACUCUGAUACAAUAUAUGGAAUAUUUCAAAGUGGAACGUUUUGGGAAAGAACAAUUAAGUUUAAUCUAAGCAGUUGUGGUUUUUGAAAUUAGACAGAAUAUCUCUCUGACAGCAUGCUUGCUUAAAAACAGUGUUUUCCAGACAUUGUUUCUUGAAGAUGAUAAUGCCUUAUGUUCAGUAUGCUCUGUUCUGAACAGGUGUCUCGUGAUCACCUCUGUUUGGAGUUUUCAUUAAAGCUAAGGUCAAGCAGAACUGUCCCCAAAGCUCCAAAUCAGAGUUUUUACGUUGUGAAGUUCAAAAUAACAAUAAAAUCAGUCCUUGGAAAGUAAUAGAACAUGCAUAAGAUUUCUGCGAAAACGUAUACAGAUGCAUGUAAGUGGGAAAUAUUGAAUCAUAGAAUCGUAGAGUGGUUUGAGUCUG